AUGCCAAUCCAACGUUUCACACUGCCCUUACCGGAUGAUGCCCGGGUGCUGGGGUUCAAAUAUUGGGAAGCGACAGAUCCAACCACGGGCUUCGCGGACCUUCGAGAUAUCCACAUCCUGUUGGAUGUCAAGGGCCAUUUGCAGCUGGAACCCCUUUCCCGCCGACUCCUUCGGUCCGACUCGAUCGACUUUCCGGGCCACCUGCACUGGAUGCCUCCUGCCCUGGAACGCCUCGAGAAAGAGCCCGAGAACGUUGAUAUCCCCAUGCUGCCUGAGGUCAUCGGACUGCGGACCAUCCAGGGAAGCGUCGACCACAUCGUGGAGUGCGAGUACGUCCCGAGCUGGACCUGCACCCCCGACGCCGUGAGAAGCCUGACAGGGCAGUCCGCCAUGUUCUGGGCCGAUCUUUUCCUGCUGACUUUCGUGCUCUACUACGUGGACAUCGUUCUGGACGUGAAACAACUGUGGUUAUUCUGGCAAAACAAACUUUUCGGCUACUUCUUCCUCAACGUCGCCGGCAUGGCGCUACCGCCAAUUUUCACAACAUUGGAGGCGGUGCAUUUCCUCGAUCGGCGAACGCCAGAAGCAGACCGGCUGAAGAAGGUCCUGACACCUAAAAUGGUGCUGCCAGUAAUGCUGCUGUCUAUCCUCACGCAGACGCACAU